AGAUGGAAAUCCCGAGGCUGCUUUCCGCUCACGGGACACGACCGGGCGUCUGUGGCAGUAGCCCCGCGGGCGGUGGCGGGGUAGACCAAGGCCCUGACCCGCCGGCUGGCCAGGCACCCACGCACCGCCUCCUGCUGUUCCGGGGCCGCCAAGAUGGCGGGUUCUGUCCACGGCGCAGGGAGGCCUACACCGCCUCAGGGGGCGCUGGCUUGAGCCUGUUGGCUCUGAGGCCGGAUCACUCUAGCGGCGGCGGCAAUGACUUCUUCCUGGUACCGCUUGACGCUGUGGGUGGCGACUCGGAGACUGCACACGCUGGUAAGGCCGCUGGGUCGGUGUGGAGGGACGAGGCUGAGGUGGGCCUAAGGCCCCAGAGGGGAGAGAGCCGCUUGAACCCCGCGGGCUGCCCAUUGCUGGGCCCCUUCUGGCUGUCCACAGUUCCCUCUCCGUCCCUGAUCUCCGCCCCAAACCCUGGCCCAGCUGCAGCCUUCUCAGGCAGCGUCAGUAUCCACAAUCAGGACCUGCUGUUGUGCUUUGAGAAUGGCGUCCUCACCCUGGCCACUCCCCCGCCACCCUCCAGGGAGCACCAGGUUGGGCCUGUCUCUCAGCCUGUGGGUCUGAUCGCCCAGCAAGCUGGGUUACCCACACACAUCACGCAGCCGGACUGCCCAGAGCCACCUCCAGACCUCUUACUGGCUGAGCUGGCUGAAUCCUCGCCUGCCCAGGCGUCAGAAGAGGAGGCUGAGAGCACCACUGCUGCCCUGGGUCCCCGCGGUUCGCUGGGCCCUGGCCCAGGCAUGAUGCUAUACUUCUGUCCUGAGGCACAGUGCAGGCAAACCUUCGUCAAGAAGCACCAACUUAAGGUGCACCUGCUGACACAUAGAAGUAGCCAGGGCCAGAGACCCUUCAAGUGCCCACUGGGUGGCUGCGGCUGGACCUUCACCACCUCUUACAAGCUCAAGAGGCACCUGCAGUCGCAUGACAAACUGCGGCCUUUUGGCUGCCCAGUGCACGGCUGCGGCAAGAGCUUCACCACUGUGUACAACCUCAAAGCACACAUGAAGGGCCACGAGCAGGAGAACUCCUUCAAAUGCAAGGUGUGUGAGGAGAGCUUCCCCACACAGGCAAAACUCAGCACCCAUCAGCGCAGCCACUUCGAGCCCGAGAGGCCUUACCAGUGUGCAUUUUCUGGCUGUAAGAAGACAUUUAUUACAGUGAGUGCCCUGUUUUCUCAUAACCGUGCCCAUUUCAGGGAGCAGGAACUCUUUUCCUGCUCCUUUCCUGGUUGCAGCAAACAAUAUGACAAGGCUUGUAGGCUGAAAAUUCACCUGCGAAGCCACACCGGUGAGAGGCCAUUCCUUUGUGACUUUGAUGGCUGUGGAUGGAACUUCACCAGCAUGUCCAAACUCUUAAGGCACAAAAGGAAGCACGAAGAUGACCGGAGGUUCAUGUGCCCUGUGGAAGGCUGUGGGAAAUCUUUCACCAGGGCUGAGCAUCUGAAAGGCCACAGCAUAACCCACCUGGGCACAAAGCCUUUUGUGUGCCCUGUGGAAGGCUGUUGUGCCAGGUUCUCCGCUCGCAGUAGUCUCUACAUCCACUCCAAGAAACACCUGCAGGAUGUGGACACUUGGAAGAGCCGCUGCCCAGUCUCCACCUGUAAUAAGCUCUUCACAUCCAAGCACAGCAUGAAGACCCACAUGGCCAAAAGGCACAACAUCAGUCAGGAUCUCUUAGUUCAGCUAGCAGCAGCAAAUUCUCUUACACCCAGCAGUGAACUCACUCUGCAGGGACAGCAUGAUUUCAGUGAUGCAGAGAUAGUGUCUCUCUUCUCUGAAGUGCCUGAUUGUAGUUCUGCUGCAGUGCUAGACACAGCAUUGGUGAACUCUGGAAUCUUGACCAUUGAUGUGACUUCUGUGGGCUCAACUCUGGCAGGGAACCUUCCUGCUGGUAAUGGUAAUUCCUUAGGGCAGGCCAUGGACCCUGAGGCCUUGAUGGCCACCAGUGACCUUCCUCAAAAUCUGGAUACCUCUCUCUUUUUUGGAACAGCAGCUACUGGUUUUCAGCAGAGCCCCUUAGAUGUGGAUGAUGUCUCAAGUGUAAGUGUGGGGCCAUUGAGAUCACUGGGCUCUUGGGCUAUGAAAAAUUCUAGUGCAGAGCCCCAGGCUUUGACACCCAGCAAUAAGCUAACAGUGGACACAGAUGCUCUGACUCCUUCAAGCACCCUUUGUGAAAACAGUGUCUCAGAACUACUGACACCAACUAAAAUGGAAUGGAAUGUACAUCCUGACUCUGACUUCUUGGGACAGGAGGAAGAAACCCAGUUUGGACUCUCCAAUCCAGCAGGGACCCAUGGUUCUCAGAAAGAAACAGAUUUUAUCACAGUGACUGGAAGUUCAUUUUUGGUGUGAAACAACAUUCCUCACCAUGUGGGUUACUUUUAUUAUAACCGAUUUUGAGGAUAUUCUGGAGUGACUGUUUAAAUGCAGUUAUUUAUUAUUGGUUUUCAAAAGAACACAGCUCUGGACUACAAGUUUGGAGAUUGAAAUUCUGAUCAUAAGUCUGAAACUGACCAGUUGUGUGACCCUCAGCAAGUCACUUAACGUAUCUGAGCCUUAAUUUCCUUAUUUAUAAGU